GGCAAUGGGGUUGUGGCCACGCGGUUCCCCGGGGCCGCCGGGCUGGAACCAGCGGGGAGUCGGUCCUCUGUGGGGAGGGAGGAUCCCCAGGUGACCUCAAGAGAGAAACAACCUGGCCGGGGUGCGGCACAUCCUGCUGGUGCUGUCGGGGAAGGGCGGCGUUGGGAAGAGCACCAUCUGCACCCAGCUGGCUCUGGCCCUCAGGCACUCUGGCAAGAAGGUGGGGAUCCUGGACGUGGACCUGUGUGGGCCCAGCAUCCCCCACAUGCUGGGGGUGCAGGACAGGGAUGUGCACCAGUGUGACAGUGGCUGGGUCCCUGUCUUUGUGGACCAGGACAGGAGCAUCUCCCUCAUGUCCAUUGGCUUCCUGCUGGAGAGGCCAGAUGAUGCUGUGGUGUGGAGAGGACCCAAGAAAAAUGCUCUGAUCAAGCAGUUUGUUGCUGAUGUGGCCUGGGGGGACCUGGACUUCCUGCUGGUGGACACCCCCCCGGGCACGUCGGAUGAGCACAUCUCCUCUGUGGAGGCCUUGAGGCCCUACAGGCCGCUUGGAGCGCUCCUGGUCACAACCCCCCAGGCUGUGUCCGUGGGAGAUGUGAGGAGGGAGCUGACCUUCUGCAGGAAGACAGGGCUGGAGGUGCUGGGCAUCGUGGAGAACAUGAGCGGCUUCGUGUGCCCGCACUGCGCGGAGUGCACCAACAUCUUUUCCAAGGGGGGAGGUGAGGAGCUGGCCAGGCAUGCAGGAGUCCCCUUCCUGGGCUGUGUUCCCCUGGACCCCCAACUCAGCCAGAGCUUGGAAGAAGGCAGAGACUUCAUCCAAGAGUUUCCCAAGAGCUCUGCCUUCUCUGCCUUGGCUCACAUUGCUCAGCAGGUCUUGGGCAGGGCAUCACAGCAGCGCUCCUGAGGAGGCUGUGGAGCUGGCCCUGCCCACCUGAGCCCACUCCAGCAAGGGAAGGGGACUCCAGGAGCUGUUUAACUACAACACAAUCACAGUGAGGGCUGCUGGAGGGUGAGGGAAGCACAGCAUCGGUGCUGCUCACGGUGACCCAAGAAGGGAAGGGCUGCUCCACCUCCCUGCACCUGCAGGGCUCCUGUGUGGGUGCUGCUGCCUGCACAGCCUCUGCCUUCCCAGCAUGGUGCUGCUCAGCCCAGUGCAGCUGCUCUGCACCUUCCUCCCCAGCCAGCUCUUGUGGGGCUGUUGGAUGGUCCCCAGGCUGUGUCCACGGC